AUGUUCCCUUUCUACCCCACAACGUCCCUCCCCUCCCCGCCCCCACACCACGACCCCCCCCAGCCGCCCCCCGCUCACCCACCCACUCGCUCUCCCAUCCCCAAACCUACCGCCCCUCCCUACCCCGCUCUUCCACCCCACGACCCUUCCCCGGCAGCCCUCCGCCCCCCCCCCCCCCCCCCCGACUCCCUCCCCUCGCAAAUCCCCCCCACCCCGCACCCCCUUCCGUCCCCACUUCGCACACCCCCCACCCACGCCAGACCCACACGCCCACCACCACGCCGCCCGCGCACACACCGCCCCCCACCUCCUUCCACCUCGAGCCACCGCCCCACCCCCCCAUCUCACCUCUCUUCCCCCCCUCCCCCUCCUCCUACCACCCCACCCAUCGCCUUCCGCACACACGCGCGGUCCCAACCCCCCCACACCACCCCCCCCACCCACGCCCAGUUUCCCUCCGCCUUCUGGCCGACAAGUCCCCCCUCUUUGCCACCCCCACCACACCCACGGACCACCCGACCUCGCGUCAGACCCUCCUCUCAGUACCCACCCACACCUGACUGUCCCCACCGCCUCACCCACGCUACUCACCUACCCCACCUCCCGAAUAACACCCUCCCGUCCCCCUCCUCCCCCACCCCACACCCUCCUCCGACCCCAGCACAACCCACCGUACGACCCCGCACCCACGGCCAUUCCUCCCAAAUCCCCAAAAUCACUUUUCUGCUCUACACCCCCUCUCCUCUCGCCGUCCUCUCGACGCCCCCCCUCCUCGCUCCCAACACCCUCCCCCCCUCGCAUCACGUCCUGCCUCCCACCCUCCUCGCAACCACUGCCACCACUCCGCACCACCUCCCUGUCUCCACACCCCUCCCUCCUCGACCCAUGGUUCUCCCUCACCCCCAGCACGCUCCCCCUCCCUCGCAACCACCUACCCCAGCCCCCCCCCCCCUCGCGCCACCCGUGCCCUCUCCACCCACCCACACAUCAGCUCCCCUACCGCCUCCCUCACACCCGACUCUCCCCGGCCUAAGCCCCCCCCCAUCCCCGCACUUCCCUCGAAAUCCCCUCCCCCCCCCCGACCUUCCCCGCUACCUCCUGACCCACAACGCCAGAACCCCCACCACCGCCCUCCCAGCGCCCCCGCGCCACUUUCCUCUACCUCUUCCGACACAUCACCCCCACCCACCCCCCGCCCGCCCCGACCCCUCGCUGCCUCCAACCCCAACUCACACCUCACCCCGCCCCCCUUCUACCCCCCCCGUCCCCUACCCCCCCAGACCCUUCCCGGCCUCCCAGCCCCCCCCCCCCCCCCCCCCCCCGCCCCCCCCCCACCCCCCGCCGCCCCGCCCAACUCACUCUCCCUUCUCAUGCUACGCCCCCCCCGCCCACCCCCACUCUCCUCCUCUCUCCUCCCCCUCCUCUCACCCACACAUCCGCCCCCUCUUGCCCGACACCCACCGGGGUCCACACCCCACCCCGCCCCCCCCCCACCACACCCCAGCCACCACGCUCUCUCUGCCGCCUCCCCACCCCUCCGCCCGGCACACCCCACCGCCUCCCCCCCCUGACAAACACCCACCCAAGAUGCCACCUCCCCACCCCGCACCCCCUCCCCUCCCCCCGCCUCCACCCUCCUCCCCGACACCCCCCAACCGCACCGCCCCACCCACCACGCCCCCUCAGCGCCCCCGCCCCCCGACCCAUCCCUCCCCCACCUUCCUUCACCCUUCUCCUACAGAGCAGCUAGAAUGA